AUGGGUGACGCCGAUAUCACAACGAGCCAGUGGAGGUUGGUCGAGGUCGGCCGCGUCGUCGUCUUCAGCGGCGGCCAGUACGACGGACGGUUAGCCACCGUUGUCGAGAUCAUCGACCACAAGCGUGUGCUUGUUGACGGUCCCUCCAAGGACGCCCCCGUCCCCCGCCACGCAGUCGCCCUCGCCAAGGUGUCUCUCACCCCCAUCGUCAUCCCCAAGCUUCCCCGCGGUACCGGACGUGGUCAUGUUGCCCAGCAGUGGGAGAAGGAGGGUGUCGAUGCCAAGUGGGCCGAGAGCUCCUGGUCCAAGAAGCGCGCUCAGUUCCAGAAGAGGAGGCAGCUCACCGACUUUGAGCGCUUCAAGGUCAUGAAGCUCAGGAAGCAGGCCCGCUUCGAGGUUCGCAAGUCUCUCGCCAAGGUCCGCAGCGCAGCAUAGAUUCUAUCAACGGCGUCGGGGGUACGGGAGGCGGGUGCAUCGUCCCAGGUCACAGUGGAGGGCACCCGCAUGUCAUGAGCAACUCGAAGGGCUAUCCACGGCAUUCAAAAUUUCCAAUCCCGACUGGGCAUAUGAUUUCCUGUUUGGCAUGGUGCAAUUCGGAUCUGGAGAUGAAGCCGACUCUCUCAUGUGAGCGCAUGUAGAAAGAGUCCAAAAUCCCAAAGUUCAUGAACCCAACAUUUUAGCAUUUCUGUAAUUGAUAUCCGGUUUACGCACCACAAGUCUGACGGUCAUCACGGCGCUACGGGUGAAUUGAGGAGCCUCACUGACGUUCGCCGUGAUCCUGCACAUUGCCGCAUUCGACAACGUUCUUACACAUGCCCCUAUGGUCAGCCAGAUUACACUUUGAAUUUAUGCCGUACAAAUGUUGCCUAAGAGACUAAAUUUUACUGCGAAGUGCAAUAGGGGCGCGCGAU